AUGGCAGAUCAAUCCACGAGCUCGAUUGGAAGUUAUCACAGCCAGGCCGCAGCCACACCUCCUCCUCAUCCUCUCGUCACACAAGAUCCACCCCAAGUUGCCACCACCACUACCAGCCCGGUUGUCCCUCAAGCACACUCAUCCCAUAUCACCUCACCUCAGCAGCAGCAGCAGCAACAACAUCAGUUCCAACAGCAGAUGCAUGCAGGGGGUGCAUCCUCAGGCUUCGCUCUCCCGUCAACGUCGUCCAAGAGAUUUCCAGGCCCGCUAGAACCGAUCAAUCCAUUCAAUCCUGCAGGGUCUUCCUCCUCAACCCCCGAGGAUACUCCUCUGGGGACCCCCACAGCUGAGUUGCAAAAGCUAAGCCUGGGAGUCGAACGAUUUGCCAGAGCCAUCGAAGACCCUGGACUUGUCGGAUCCUUUUCCGGAACUGUACCCUUACCCACGCUCUCUCAGGUCCAUGCUGCUGCCAAGCGUCGACCCUCCAAGAUUCUCAUGGAGGACCUCUCGAGUCACCCCCAUCACCAUCACGGCCAUAACGAUGCCAAUGGUGCCUCUUCCUCUUCCGCUGCUGUCGUUGGUGCUACGCCUACCGACCUGUCGAACAAUAAUAUAUCCUUGGGUUCACUGAAGAGAGCCAUCACGGGUCGAGUUCAUCAUCAGGAUGCUGUCGUCCUGGACCUGGAGUCAAACAUGGGUCAAUUAGCGCAGGGGAAUAUCAGCGAUAACGAAUACGACGCCAAAAUGGAUCAGGAUGCCCCGGGUGGCGAAAAGUACCCAGACGAGAAGCAUGCCCGUUUUGACCCAGUCGAACUUGACAAGAUCGAUCCCUCAGAAGGUUUCCGCCGCCGUAAGCCCAAGGGCGGUAUCCUCAGUCAACUUCUUAAACUCCAACGGAGCGAAGCCGCCGCCGUUGCUGCUGCUUCUACCUCUGGCUCUCCUCCACCCUCCCAGACCUCAUCAACGACUAACAAGAACUCUUCAACGCUCAAAAAGACGAAGAAGGGCUUUUACUACCGCGCUACCUCCCGAAACAACUCCACGACCAGCCUGAAGGACAGUGCUCCGCCUUCCGUCACCACCACACCCAGGGUCUCUCCACGUAACUCGACAGUCUUUGAGCGGGAUCCACAGCAACAACAGCGGAAACGCAAGUCAGGACGCAGCGUCAAAGGAGCGGCGACGGACCACAGGAGCAUUCACCGCGACAUCGCCGAGAUCCUGACCCGACAGUCGUUUCUGAUCAUGAUGGCAAAGUCGUUGGUCCUCUAUGGAGCCCCAGCACACCGAAUCGAGGAGACAUGCGCUCAGUUGGCCAGGAAGAUGGACGUCGAUGCCUCGUUUGCACUGCUGCCCGGUCUGAUGACCAUCUCCUUUAGCGAUCCAGAAACGCAUACGAGUGAUACUCGCCACCUUCGCUGCUCUCAAGGCAUGGACAUGAACAAGCUGGCACAGGUCCACAAGAUUGCACUGGCAGUUCUCCGAGGUGAGAGUGUUGAGGAUGCCAACAGGGAUUUGGAGAGGGUCACCCUGGAGCCACCCAUUUACCCAUUGUGGCUGACACUACUGGGAUGGUUGGGAUCGUCUGCCUUUGUUACACCACUGGCAUUUGGUGGUGGGUGGUACGACAUGGCGCUGGCAGGAUUCUGUGGGCUGAUGGUCGGUGUCCUUGGUGUGGUUGCGUCUAGGUUCCCGGUGUACGGAAAUGUGUUUGAGAUUACAGCGAGUAUCUUGGUCGGGUUCUUGGCAAAGUCGUUUGGAGAUCGGGUCUGUUUUGAGGCGGUUGCCUUGGCUGGUGUAGUGGUGUUACUGCCUGGUUUGUUGCUGACCCAGGCCAUCAUGGAAUUGUCCAGCAGGAACAUUGUUUCAGGUGCUGUGAGGAUGUUCUAUGCCCUCAUGUAUGCUUUCUUUCUCGGGUUUGGGCUCACCAUUGGCGCUGAGCUCUGGGGUUAUGUUUCAGGACAUACAGAACUUGCUUCGCCCGACGCAUGCAAACACUCAAUCAACCGUUGGUGGUACUUUCUCAUCUACCCCGCCGUCUCAGCAUCGAUCAACAUUGUCUUCAACGCCCAUCUCCGCCAAUGGUUCGGCAUGACCCUCGUCACAUCCGUCGGUUUCGUCCUCACUUUAUUCCUCAAGAGUGGACCCCAGAUCACAGCAGCCAUUGCUGCAUUUGCAGUCGGCGUCACAGGCCAACUCUAUGGUCGCGUCACAGGCCAAUUGAGUUAUGUCCCCUUGCUGAGUGGAGUGUUAUUGCUUGUUCCAGGGAGUGUGGGUGUGCGUGGGAUUCUAGCGAUCAUUGGGAGUGAUCCCUCGCAGGGGUUUACGUUUGUGUUGACGAUGAUUAAUGUUUCGGUUGCUAUUACUCUUGGCGUGUUUUUGUCGGCGUUGGUUGUUUAUCCGUUCUGGCGCAAGAGUACAUUCAUGAACUUUUAG